UUGGCCGCGCGGACGCCAGAGCGCGCAGUGCUGUGCGGAGUGUCGCUGGCUGAUCCGUUCGCGCGCCGCGUCGCGUCAGCCACCUGGUUCGCCGCUAUCGUCGUCGUCGUCGUCGUUGUCGUUGCUGUCGUCAUUGUCCGCGUGUUGUCCGCCGUCGACGCAAGCGGUACGAAACGACUCGGCUGUUUACGGACGCAUCUCCACCUUGCGCACCACGUAACCUACCGCCAUGGACGUUCUGCAGAGCGUCUCCCAAGAAGCGAUCUUCGUGGGCAUUGUGAUCGCCUACGUCAUUCUCGUGUUUGUCUUCGGCUUCAAGCAUGCCGAGCAACCACCGUUUGCGAAGCUCUCCGCGGGCUCCGUCGUGAACCGAAAGCUCCCCAAGAAGCGCGUCAAGAAAGCUGCUAAUGGACAGGUUGCAGCUGAAAAAACAAGCCCUGCUAAGAAGACCUCAGUCGUGAAGACAGAAGCACCAAGGAAAACUACUAGUGCAAAAGGAGACGAUGUUGAUGGGAAAUUAGUAGAGCGUAAGCAGGAGGACAACAAGACUGUGACAACCAAAAAAGAGAAGGAGCAGAUCUCAGCUAAGGCUGGUAAAGAAAACAAAAUAGAGCAGGUGAAGAACAAGAAAAAUUUGAAGAACUUGUUCCAGGAGAGACCAGCAGACUUCGAUGAUGGAGAUUGGGAACAAGCCUAUUCUCGUAAGGAUAAGAAGAAUAAGAAGAAAGAGGAGGAAACUCCAUCGAAGAAGAACAAGAAGACCCCUAAGAAGGCUGAUUUGAUAAAUGAAGCUAAACAGAAAGAGCAAGAGAAGCUGGAAAUCAAGGAUCUCAAGGAAAUGGAGAACAAGGAAUCCAAAGAGGAGAAGGAGGUGAUUCUUACACCUAUCUCUGACGAGGAGAUAGACAAAGAGAAAGAACCACAAAAGGAGGAAGAAAUCAAGGUCGAAAAAGUCGAGAAGAUCGAGGAGGUUGACAAGAUUGAGAAGAUUGAGAAAAUUGAGAAAGUCGAGAAAGUCGAGAAGGUUGAGAAGGUUGAGAAAGAAGAGAAGAAAAGCGGAAAAUCAAAGAAAAAUAAGAAAGUAUCCGAAAGUGAGAAUACAUCCGUUUCGGUGCCAUCUACGCCAUCUACGUCGGAUAUGAAGCCUGCCGUGGAAGAACCGCAGAAGAAGCCCGCUACCAAUGCGGAGAAAGUAGCUGAAAACAAUACGGAAGAAAAUAAGGUGGUGCAAGAGAAAACGGCCGUGUUCGACGAAUUAGGAGACGUCUGGACAGAAGCGAAGCCUCAGAAGAAGAGCAAAAAGAAGGCUCGUAAGGAUAACUGAGGAUGAUUACUUGCGACACUAAACGACGUUAUUCUCCGCGAGUAACAACGUGAGAAUCCUGCUCGGUCCAAAGGACGUUUGUCGCUUUCGACAAGUCAGGUGUGUUUCAAGUGACUUACUUUAACCGACCGCCUGAUUGAAUCGUUCCUUUUUUCCCCUGUAUAUAAUGCCAAUUGGACUAGGUUUCUCGGAUCGCUUAUGAUUUCUUAGUUAUCUUCAUGACUUCGAUCACGCGAUAGAAAGAGUAACACAUAGGAUCGGAAACUCUUUUAUAUGAUUUUAUCAUUUUUCCUUAGUAUAUCAGUCAAUUGUCUUGCAUUUAAUGAGAGAAUGACAUGAGUCAUCGUGUGCUUCUCGACAACGGAUAAUUCUUGUAAACGUGUGUAUGUACAUGCAAACACAUGCACACAUAAAUUAUGUUUCGUAAGCAACUUCUUACACAUGUCUAUAGCAUAUUAUUGUGUCGUUUGUAUAAUUAUAACUCUAUGUGGUGGAUCCGUAUUUAAGAGAGAGAAAAAAUUUCGUAACGUUUCGUUAGGAAUGGUACUUAUGCCAUUUACGUUUCCCCUUUUUUUUUAUUUUUUUGUUGAAUAAUCUUGUAAGGAAUAUAUUUUGUACAGUCACAGAAUACGAUUCUUUUUACGUUAAGUGAUAUAAGCAUAACGGAGCGGUUUUGUGCGCAUUGUCGUCGCGUUGUUACUUAAAUGAUCGGUUUUAAUCUGCUCAUCGCGCGGUGCUUCGCGUCGCAUUCGUAUGAACGGUUGACGGCCAAAACUCAGAAAGUAUGUCUCGUAUCUCAGACUAAUAUUUAUAACGCAGGACAAUCCCUCGAGAGCGCUGAACGUAUAUUGCUGAUGUACAUAGUCGCUUCCUGACAAAAUGCCAUAUUUUUCUACGUGUAAUUAGUAGAUCAGCGACGGAUUAUUUUUUGUUUUGAACGUGUAAGAAGGAUUCAUCUUUGGUGAAACGCAUUCGCGGAGUACGUUCGCAUCGGGUACAUCAGUAAUAUAAGUUUCGUAUGGAGCGGUACGUAGAGAACAUCGUACGUACCGAUGACAAGACGCGGAACAGCGACGAGAUGGUAGGAGUUACGUGACGAGAUGCGAUAACGACGACGAAUUAAUGUAGUCGUCCGACAUCGAGACGAUGGCAUGUGUGUAUAUUUUUGCGCCUGUGAUUGUUGCAUUCGGAAACGUCUUUGACGUUUUUCGUGUUAAUCGUUAACAAGGGUUGUCGACUUGAAUGUUCGACUUCUCACGACUUGCGUUUUCAAUGAGAUAGUUUGCCAUUCGGCCACGUCGCAAUUGAGAAACGAACGAAACACGCUCGCAGGACGUUGCGUGAGACGUAAAAUAAGCUCGGGCGCAGCAAUAUAGAUGCUGUAAUUUAAGAGACGAGAAUUACAAGAGAUGUAUCCUGCGAUAAUUCACGAGAAAUUACGAUUAUCAUACGAAGAACGAUUCGUUAGGUUUAACGUCAACGCCGUUGUACUCCGUGUCUGUGAGAAAAGAUUUAGUGACGACUAGAAGAAUCAUUGGAGGUAGAAGACGUUCCGAUAUUUUCGCAAUGAUAUGUAUAAUUUUUGCAGAUACAGAGAAAUGCCACUGAUCUUGUUAAGUCUUCGUUCUUGUAUUGUACACUGUGACACAACUGACGAUUUUACGCUUGGAAUGUGACUAAGUAUUAGAUACGUUGACUUUCGCAUGCAACACAAUCGUUCAAAUUACUAAUAUAUAUACACACACACACACACACACACACACACACGCGCGCGCGCGCUACGAUCAAGUCAAAGAAGAUGUAUUGUGAUAACGAUUACAUCUACCAUAAUUGCAGUGAACAAUAGAUCUCGUAAUUCCAGCUUCCGUUUCGCGAACAAACACAGAGACGGAGAACAAGAGAGAAACGAGGGAACGAUUGAAAUUAUAUUUUUGUAUAUAACUUACACGAUUGAAUCAACAUACAGUUGCAUCGGACAUUAUUUUACAGACUACUUUCCUAGACACUUUACGUCGUGCUAAACGAGACGAUCAAAUCCACAUCAAAACCAUACGCUUACGAGAAUCUUGCGAUACGUUCUGACAAACGAUACAGCCGUUCAUUUCUCAUGCCAUGUAGAACAGAUGACGUAUCGAUCGCUUAAUUAUGCGUUAAAAGAGAGGGUCUAGUGUAUUAUAUGUGCAUACUCUAUCAAUGUUGCUGUCAAAAUAUACCGUCAAUAUCCUCCGUCGCUAUUGAGCUCCGUAAAGCUGACAAAAUUCUGCACAAGAGUGUUGCACAUACAUUGGGGAUAUCGGAGAUAAUCGAGAUUUUACAUUUCCGUCAAAAUGUUGUAGCUUAUAUUUUGUCACAGAAAGAGAAAGAGAGAGAGAAAAAUACACCUAUACACACAUACACAAAGAGAGCAUACUAAAAUAUAAAAGAAAAAAAAAACAAAAAUUAUCCUCACGAAAGCAAUUAGACGUGAGUGAACAGAUUAUAUUGUCGUUGUAGAAUACAUGUUGUGACAACGCUCAUUCUAAACAAUUUACGCACUAAGAGCUAUAUAUCUGUUAACGUGUAUAGUAUAUUACUGUAUCGAUAAUUUUAAGUGAGAAAGAGAGAAAGGGAGAGAGAGAGAGAGAGAACGGGAAGAGAAGAGUGAGCGGGAGAGAGUGAGAUCACCUGAGAUGUAUGACAAUAUUGUGAUAAGCGUACUAUAUACCUGAGCAUUACUUGAAUGUUGCAAACGAACGCUAAAUCAUUCUUAGCUUCUAAUGCAUGGAGAAUAAUCUUGGAGAAGUACCUAUCCUGUUCGAAUAGCCCCAUUCAUAUUUUGUAUAUUAAAUCUUAUUGUAUUUAUACACACAUACACGGCACAAACAUGCAUAUGUAUAUACAUACAAUCCGUGCUCACCCACUCAACAUCACUGUGUACAAGACAAAGUUCCAAUGUCAAACACACACACACACACACACACACACACACAUAUACACACACCACUUUCGCGGGGAUCUGCAUUGCGCGUCGUGCGGAAUUGCAAGAGGAACAAAAGAGGAGUUUAUUUGUAAAGCGCAUCGAGAGAGCAAGCGCGAACUCGAAUUAUGAAUUUGCCGAGUUGAAACGUUUCUGCUGACCGCAUGUGCGUGCCGUUCGCGUGCCAAAAAGCAUCGUUUCUUCUGAAUCACGUCCGAGGCUGAAUUUUGUACAAUAACUCGCGGAUACCAUGAAAGCGAGAGAUGGAAAAGAAAAUAUAGAUAGAUAGAUAGAUAGAUAGGUAGAGAAAGAAAGAGAGGAAGAGAGAGAGAGAGAUUUUUAGCGACGCUAUUUAUGGCCAUCUCGCAUAUUCAGGUCUUUUAUGAUCGAUAGUCGCAAGACUGCGUGGAAAAUUUCCUCCUAUGGGGCGUGCAUCGCUUGACUCUUCUUCUGCGCGGCACUUCGCGGCCCGUUACUCGUAAUCACCGGGGAAUGACAAUUCACCGGUAGUUAGCGCUUAGUCAGCGAUUACCUAGGUAGCUAAUCGAGUAGCUAGUUCAAUUUACGCGAUAGCCCCGUGCCGUCUGUCGUACUUGUUCUGCUCGAGGAUCUCUGUAAUAUUAUUCCUCGAGCCCUCGCCUGUGCGCGCGUCCAGAGAAGGCUGAACGGAAUAUGCAGAAGCGGUUCUGCGAAGGUAGAUAUUGCGAGCAGUAUCGAACUGAGAGCAAAAUUCUGAAACACUAUAUCCGUGGAGAUAUGAAGUGUCGAGUCAAACAACAAUGAAUGUCAGCUCCGACGACAAUUGCGUAUUAACACGUCGACUGUCUCACGAGUGGCUUGCAUGUCUCACGUCGCAGAUUGAAAUUGUCGUCACAUGAUAAUGGCGUAUGAUCUAAUGAAACGUUGCGUAAUAUAAUUAAUUGAAACUGCACAUGGUGUGUAUUUAUCUCGUUGGGAGUCGACUCUCUUACGGCAGUCAACAUGUUAAAAGUCGCUCAGAGAAGGAGUUCUCGGAUAUUCAAUUGCACAGCCGAGGUGCGAUCGCGUAUAUUUUCCUGGGGAUAUGGUCCCAUCCACCGAGAUCAGUUCCAAGCGAUUCAGUACCGCUCGCAAUGACGCAUCCGAUCGUCGGGCCGAUUAACGGAGUACUUAAUGCUCGCGCGCGAACGGAGAGGAAAGCCGAGAGAAGCGUGAUAUCCGACGGCUUUCGAGAGACACGAGAAGUCGGUGUAUUUUUCUAAUAAGUAAUGACUUCUGAGCCACGUCGCGCCUACGUGGUGGAUACGUGGCGAAGCGACGAGCGCAGCCGGAUCCGGCGAACACGUGCGUCUUCGUAGUCUCGAUUGUACGACGGGAACGCGCUCGUCGCAAUCGCGGGGCUUCUCCUCGGCAGAGAAAAGCACGACACUCUUCGUUGCCGGGGAAGAGAGCGCGCGGGGCGAGAUUUUCCCGGGGAAAUCGAACGGGGGACGUAAAGAGCGCCGUAGAGAAGGCGAACUGGCUAUAACCGCGAACAAGUAUUAUUGCCACUGUACAUAUGUAUGUUAACGUGAGAGCAGUGUUCUCCUUUAUUGAAUGUAUAUGUGCAAUUGCGUUUUACGGUUCACACUAUAGGUGGACGACGGUCUCCGCGGCGGCGGAGGCUGUCCGGUGCGUCUUCGUCGAUGCGUCUUCGCAUUUCAGAGAUAUUUCCGAGGAAUCGAUCAGCGUCCAACGAAGUGCAUAGUGUGUAUGUAUGCGUGUUUGUGUGUACACGUGUGCGUGCGAGUUCACAUUUUGAAAGUGGUGCGAGUCAAAUUUCGCGACGCGACUAAUUCGCUUGAGAGAUGAAAGAUUCGGCGGAUACGCAGCUUUGACUCUUCCCGUUUUCAAGAUGCAUCGCAUUCACAACCACCGCGCCGAUGUAUACAUCGUGAUAUGAUACGUGGCGUGUGACCACGUGGCUCGAUUCACAGAUCCGAUUGACGAUGUGUAUCUCCACGGCGCGGUCCUCGCGUUAGUAUACACUUUCCGAAUGUAUAUCUCUUCGAUCUGCACAUUGAACAUAAUCGAGAAGAACGCGACUUACGACGGUCUACUUCGAAGCUGCGACCCAACGCGGCUCUUGGUUUUACGACUGGCACGUUAUACACACGAGGACUCUGAUCGCAUUCGAAAUAUCGACUGUAAGGUAGAGAUAAGAUAAGGGAGAAAGAGAAACAGAAAGAAGUAAAAGUGCGACACGCGUGGCAGUGUCGAGAUAGGAUAUAUACAUAUAUAUAUAUACAUAUAUAUAUAUAUAUAUAUAUAUAUAUAUAUAUAUAUAUAUAUA